UAUUCACCGACAGUACGAAUUUAAUGUAAGCAAGUUAUGUAAUUUUGUGAUAAAAUCCCAAAAAUUAAAAUUUCGAGUUAUUUUUCUCUAUUUAUUGUACUUUCAAAAUAGGUACGCAUUCUAGCACCCCUAAUGCUGGACUUCCACCGACCAUUUAAUGAGAAAAUACAGCCCCACAAAAAAUAUGUGUGUAGUUUUGACAGGAACACCUUACCCCGAUGUUUUUGGUGCCAUGAACACGAAUCUGAAGUCGGUUAUGCUCCAUUACAUCAGGACUUUUUCCUGACGCCAAAAACAUGGCGUAUAUUAUUGCAAAAUUUUUUAGGUUAGUAAAAAAUCCUGCGCGAUGGAGCAAAUGGAGAUUCGUGUUCAGGGCACCAAAACCCAUGGGGAGUAUUCCUGUCAAAAUGACAUGAUAUUUUUUUGGGGCUGUGUAAUAGUCGCUGAACGCUAAGCUCGCUAAACAAUGGAUGUACCAUUAUGAGAUUUCGAUUUGAUAUCAACGGCUUAUCACUUUAAGUUUUAGCUGGGAUAAAAGUAGAAACCCAAUUGAGUUUAUACAUUUGUUGCUGUGUUAGGCGGAUCGAGUUAAACAAACAUUACAAAACGACAUUUUUGCUAACAUUUGAAGAAUGGAGAAGCUUAAAUUCGAAUUUUUGGUAAAAUCUGCUGAGGACGGAAAAACGAAUAUAAUGGCGAUAACCACAAUCACCACAAGUGAUGAUAGAGUUUUUAAAAUACCAGCAGAAAUGCAGCCAGCAAGUUUACAUGAACAAUUAAUAAAUACACCAACUUAUACAAAAAUAAAAAACACAUUAAAAAGGAGACACCAAACAAGAAAAGUAUGGAUAAAUGUAACGGAAGAUUUAGCCGAAAUUUAUAUGGAUGAUGAUGGAAAUAUGCAGUUCAAAGAUUACUUUCUUGAAGAGAUACCGCCAACAAAUCCCACUGCAGGUAUUUCAGAGGAGUCACUGUCGAAAGUUUUAGAGAAGCUGAGUGCAGAUGAAUACCCUAAUUUAAAGAAAAUUGCUGAAAAAUUUGUGCUAGAAAAAUUCUCAGCCAAAAACUCAAAUGCUAACCAAUGGAUGACCAUAUUUGAAAGUGAGUGCGACCGCUUUGACAUAUGUAAAGAUGAGGAGAAAAUCGAAGUCUUGAGACUUUUCUUAGAAAAAUCAUGCUUGGAUUGGUACAGCUCUAUGCUUAUUAAAUUAUCGUUAGCUUCUGAAUGGGGAAAGUGGAAAGAAAACUUUUGUGGCACCUAUGCAAAUAAAGGAUGGGCUGCGAGCAGAUAUGCAAUCUCAUUCAGAUAUAAAACAGGUUCACUUUUGGAUUAUGCUUUGAAGAAAGAAAGACUUUUAUUAGAAAUAAGAAAAUCAAUUGACACAGGGACAUUAAUUGAUCUUAUUGCAGAAGUGUUACCACAUUAUAUAGCCGACAGAAUAGAUAGAGAAAAAGUAGUUAAUACAGAAGAACUUUACAGUGAGAUUAGAAAACUUGAACAUUUAGUAUCCAGAAAAACUAUAGAUAGAAAGAACGUAUCAGCUUCUUAUUCGAAAGAAAAAGAAGCAUUUGAAAAGAAAAAACCAUGCAAAAUCUGCGAAAAAGAAAACAGAGGUACUCGUUAUCAUACAGAAGCUACAUGCUGGUUUAAAAAUCAAAAAAGUGAAAAAGAGAUAAAACAUGUUAAUAAUAAUGAAUUGGAAUGGGAAUUAAAUGAUAUGGAUCCAAAAAACUUGUAGUGCCACCAUUGAUCAAAGUUAAAUUAUUAAUAAAUGGAAUUAUUGAAGUAUAUGGAAUUUACGAUUCUGGUUCGAAUGUAUCUUUAAUAAAUUCGCGUUUAUUACGCUUUAAACCAAAAAAUAAAGAUUUUUAUACUGCAAAUUUGAAAACGAUCAAUGGUACAAAAAAGGCUGAGGGAAUGAUAACUAUUAAAACUAAAAUUUUUGACAUUGAAAAAGAAAUACAGGUUUUUGUAGUAAACGAAAAAAAUUUUAGCUACGAUUUUCUGAUUGGAUUAGAUUGCAUAAAAUCAUUCAAAUUAAUACAAAAUGAAAACCUAAUUAUAUCCCAAAAAUGUACACCUUGUAGAAGCAAACUCUCAGAACUACCUUCGAAGUCGAGAAAUGAAAAUUUAAAUAUAAGUAAUUUCUAUAGAUUUCACCGUCAUGAUAAUCAUAAUGAAUGCGAAUUAAAUUUCAACGAACAUUUCGAUACAGAUAAUUGCGACAUUUCGGUUCAACAUUUAGACGUUACAGAAAAGUCAGAAAUAAGUAAACUAAUAGAAAAAUAUAAAACUUUAUUCGCUAAAGAUAAAUAUGACAUCGGUACGGUAAAAGAUUACGAGGCACGUAUAGAUCUACUAAUAGAUAGGUAUUGUAGUAAAAGACCAUAUAGAUGCACGAUUGAGGAUAAGAAAGAAAUAGAAACACAAAUUUCAAAAUUAUUGGAGAAGAAUCUGAUAGAAGAGUCGUAUAGUCCAUUUGCGGCUCCGGUAACAUUGGCUUUUAAAAGAGAAGAAAAUAGGAGAACAAGAUUAUGCAUAGACUUUCGCGAUUUGAAUAAAAUUGUAGUUCCACAAUCACAACCAUUCCCAUUAAUUGAAGACUUGGUAGAUAAAACACGAAACUGUAAAUUUUUCUCAACGCUUGAUAUAAACUCAGCGUUUUGGUCAAUUCCAUUAAGAAUCGAGGACAGACAUAAAACAGCUUUCGUAACACAAGAAGGACAUUUUCAAUGGACGUGUUUGCUCUUUGGCUUGAAAACAUCGCCAGCAAUUUUCCAAAGAAUUUUAAGUAACAUAAUAAGAAAACAUAAGCUUAGUGAAUUCGCGGUUAAUUACAUAGACGACAUUUUGAUUUUCUCAAAAUCUUUCGCAGAACAUAUGUCACAUUUGUCAUUAUUGCUUGAAGCAAUAUCGAAAGAAGGCUUCAGAUUAAAACUAUCGAAAUGCACUUUCGCAGCAGAUUCAGUUAAA